AUGUACUCUUUAUUGAAACGUCCAAGCUUGUUAGCUACUCACCAAUUCAGAACUAUGAUUACUGCUCAAGCUGUGCUUUAUAGCCAACACGGUGAACCCAAAGAUGUGUUGUUCACCCAGAAGUUUGAGAUCGACGACGAUCACUUAACUCCGAACCAAGUUGUGGUGAAAACGUUGGCUUCGCCAGUAAACCCAUCCGAUAUUAAUCAAAUCCAAGGGGUUUACCCAUCAAAACCAGAAAAGACUACUGCGUUUGGGACAUCACAGCCAGCAGCACCAUGUGGGAACGAAGGGUUAUUUGAAGUUCUUAAGGUUGGAGACAAUGUGAAGGGUCUUGAGGUUGGCGACUGGGUUAUCCCAGCCAAUGUCAAUUUUGGUACUUGGAGAACUCAUGCUUUAGGGGAGGAGCAGGAUUUUAUUCAAUUGCCUAACCCAACCCAAUCUAGAACCAGUGGCAAACCGUACGGGUUAUCGCUCAACCAAGGGGCCACAAUCUCCGUCAACCCCAUGACCGCCUACCUUAUGUUGACCCAUUACGUCAAGUUGACCCCAGGAAAGGAUUGGUUUAUUCAAAAUGGUGGCAACUCUGCUGUGGGUAAGUAUGCGUCGCAGGUUGGGAAAUUGUUGAAUUUCAACUCGAUAUCGGUCAUUAGAGAUAGACCUAAUCUUGAAGAGGUUGUGGGUGAGUUGAAGGGAUUGGGAGCCACGCAAGUGAUUACUGAAGAGCAGAACAAUUCGAAAGAGUUUGGUCCUACUAUUAAAGGCUGGAUUAAAGAGUCUGGUGGUGAAGCAAAGUUGGCACUCAAUUGUGUUGGUGGGAAAAGCUCUACUGGUAUUGCAAGAAAGUUGAAUAAUAAUGGGUUGAUGUUGACGUACGGGGGGAUGUCAUUCCAGCCAGUAACUAUCCCCACGUCAUUACACAUUUUCAAGAACUUUACUAGUGCUGGGUUCUGGGUGACUGAGUUGUUGAAACACAAUAGGGAAUUAAAGUUGAAAACAUUGAAUCAGAUUAUUGAAUGGUACGAAUCGGGUCAAUUGAAGGAUGCCAAGUCGAAUGAAACUAAGUUUGACGGUAGUAAGGAAUUGCACGAGUUGUAUAAAGAUGGGGUAGCCAAUUCUAAAGCCGGUAAGCAGUUGAUCACAUAUUAG